AUGAGAAACUUAUCUACAUCGAAGAUAAGGUUCCGAGAGGUUCCUAGAACUACAAAUGAGUAUAGAGCUGCUGCCCCAACUGAUGUAAUAAUACCCUCAUCAACUCCAUUAGAGGAUCUUUUAAGUACUGCUUGGGUCAGGCAUCACCUUUACAUGAUUGGAUCGGAUCUAAUUCGUCUCAAACUCUACCAGAAGUUGACACAUCUAAUAGACUUUGGUGGCGGACCUCUUAUCAAGAAUAUUGUCUUCGACUUGAGCACAUUCCUUAAGAGGGAGUUAGGAAGUGCUAGUUCCCUAAGUAAGACACCAAACAACGUGCGCGGCAUAAACAAUAGUGAGUCAAUUGCAGACCAGUUGAGGGAGUUGGCAUAUUUUGGUUCCAAUGUUGAUGGUGUAGAAGAGUCGAUUUAUACUAAGUAUAAUAUUCCUGAUUUCAGAUGGCUCUAUAUUACACUUGGAUACAUGGUUAUGUCACAGCCAAAGGUUCGUACAGAUGAGAUGACAGAUCAAAUAAUUGAUAUAUAUAUUAAAUCUAAAAAUGCACCAUACCUUCAUAACGGUAGUGAGUCGAAGCAGGAAUCCGAUUCAGCGUCUAUCUUGAACGCAACCAAGGAGUACUACAUGGAGGUGCCCAUAAAUUAUGAUAAACUUUACGAUACUAGUACUACAAGGUUUAUAACACUUCAUGAGACUAAGGACUACCAUAUAGAGUUACCCCCUUUACCAAAACUUCACAAUAGAGAGAAUUUGGUCAAGGCACUCAUACAUAAGGAGCUUUACAGGGCAUUGAUCGAACCAGAGCACACUUUUGCAAAGAAAUUGCUUGAUUUGAACAUUGACCUCAACAGCCCUUCCACCAAGGAUACACUCAAGUACGAGCUUUCCUUCUUGGAUGGUCUUGGUGACCUCUACCUUGCUAGAGAAUCAUCUAACCUAUUGUAUAAGUUUAGAGGGGUUCCUCCUCUCAAUCCCAGUGGUGAUGAUACAUUCGGAACGAGAACAUAUAACCAGCUUCGUAUCAUACUCUCUACCAAUACAUUGCUUUCAAAGUUGACUAUUGCUUACAAGUUACAUGAGGGCUUAGUCGAUACUGGUGUUCAUAAUUUAUUGACCACGUCCUACGUUCCAAAUAUGGACAGAUGGGAAGAGGAUGACUUUGAGGAUGAUGAUAGUAAGAGGUAUGAACAGGAAUUUUUGGCAGAUUAUUUUGAGCAGUAUAUUGGUGCCUUAUUCCUAGAGCAGCCAGAAGUUGCACAUUCAUUCAUUCUGCUGAUUUAUGAAAAUGUAUUACUUCUGAUAUCGGAUGUGCACACGCUUAUCACCAAGAGGAAGAGGAAGUACAAUUUAUCAUACAAUUACAGGGCUUGGUCUGUAGAUGUCAUUGGUAGAAAUAUAUGGAGGUAA